UGUCGGGGACGCUGGGCGGGGAGGCCCGAGAGUCCGGGUGUUGAGGUCGGGCUGUUGAGGAGGCCGGGGUGCCGGGGAGGCCGGGCGGUUGGGGCCGGGGUGCCGGGGCCCCGGUGUCCGGGAGGCCGCCCUGUGCCGGCCGCCGCGAAGGCGGGCGGCAGAUCGGGACCCGGCGGCCGGCCCCGCGUGUGGGCCGUGGGUCGGGCGCGGCGGCCCCUCUGCCCCAGAGUCGGCGUUUUAACGCGGCCGGGAGUCAUUGUGCCCGAGCGGGUCGCAUUAUGUAACAGAUACAGUCGGUUUGUUUUGCCAAGACAGGAAACUCCCUGUAACAGGGCCGGACUUUAAACGUUUCCCAGCAGAGAAGCCGGGGAAGCCGCGCGGGUCUGGCCGUUGGGAGGUGGGUGGCCCCGGACCCGGCUGCAGGGACAGUCCGUCGUCCCUUCGUCCCUCUGACUGUGGGGAACUGAGCCCUGCUCGGCUCCCUUGGACCCUCGUCGUAGGAGAAGUGAGCUCACCGAGGUGUGAUUCGGAGAAGACACAGCCCCUGUUAGGGUACACUUGAGUUUUGACACAACCACCUCCGCCCAGGAAACUGCCACGCCCAUCCCGAACGUUUCCGUCACCCCGAAGUUUCACCCCUGCCUGGGUGGGCUUGGGGAAUUAGGGUGGUAUAUGCCCUUACCUGCUCCGCCAGGCACUGCCCCGAGCGCCUCGUGGGAAGUGGGGCAGUGUUCACACCAGCGGGAGCCGGCUAUGAUCCUGUUCCUGGUUUAGCGGGAGCAGGGCCGGGACCGUUGAAGUGACUUGUUCCCAGCCAGGCAGGAAAUGAACUGAUUUGAAGACGUUUGCUGCUCCUUAGCGUGCAGGCCUCCUCUCUGGUGGCCCGCGCGGCUUUUCUGGGUGUAUUUCACUGAAUUACGGCUGGAAAGGCUUCUCGUCCUCGCUGACCACCUCCUGGUGGGACUGCUUGUCCCUCUGCAGAAACGCCAAGUGUGCUUGGAGCCACAUGGCAGUGACAGAGGGUGUCGGGAAGCCAGGAGCCGUGAGCAGUCGGUCACUCUGUGCCACUGACUGCCCCCCUUCCCCGUCACGGUUCCAUCUUCAGACGCUGGAGCUGCCGUGACCGUUGUUAGGUGAAGUUCGUGUGCAGAGUGGUUGAGGGGCCCAUCGGGAGAGCGUGGGUUGUGGAGGCUGGUUACACUUAGAGCUACCUGGUACUUUGGCGGCGAGGAGAAAAUUACGAGUUUGCCUUUAAUCCGGUGAGUAGCCGGUUGUCACUUGGACCCCAUGACCCUAUCUCAGUAAUGACGUGCAAAGUCGUCCGUCCCCGGGGGCAUUAGGGUCCCCUCCGUGUAGGCUGUGGUGCUGACAUCCCGGGGGCUGCACCCAGCCCCCUUCCGAGGGCACUGCUGGUGCAGGACUGGCUGGUCGGUGACUUUGUGGCCCAUUUCUGGGGGGCCCGGGGUUGAGUGGGCGCCUGGAGACCCCUGCCAUGCAGGGGAGUUGGGUUUUGGCCGGCCAGAGUGUUUUCCGGGCUUGUCCUUGCAGGGAAUUCUUGUUAAAUUUCAACGUAAAAUGUGGGUUUGUAUUUGACAAAGAUCAGAAGGGUCUGUCUUAAAAAGCGCAUUUAGGGUUUGCUGGGAUUGCCUUUUGGGGCUUACCAAGCGCUCCUUGAGGACUUUUCCGGAAGAUCAGCUAGGCUGCCUUGAGGCAGUCCGGUCCUGGGGGCGCCCCCUUGCCCGCUUUCCCAGUCUUGGCGUGUGUAGCAGUGGGCCUGGGGCUCCACUGUGGAAUGUUCAUUUGUAAGCCAGUCGCUUAAAGUCAUUUUGCUUCCUGUCAGUACAGUGUAGUUGUUUGGAGGGAGGAGUCCUCGGUCCUCGCCAUCAUUUCCCAGGGUGACAGUUGGCUUGGCGGGUGGUGGUCCAGACCCUGGAGUCUUCACAUGAGGGAGACUGAAAAUAGACUCGGUUACUGAGUCGGAGGGUGGAGCUCUGAGAAGAGCAAGUUCUCCUAGAGCUCCGUGGCCAAGAUUUCAGGCAUCUGAGCCCCUGCUGGCCACCCCGGGGUGGGGGUUCCCCGGCAGCGUGUGGUUCUCAGGGGCGGCCCUCAGUGUGGCGCGAGGGCAGAGAUGCCCCCUGUGGUAUAUGGCACGUCUCGUCUGGGUGUGCCAGAGGACGAGGAGGGCACGGCCCGGUGCCACCGUCGGGGCGGCAGCUGAGGCGUGGCCUUGUGGGGGCGGGGCAGGCUGGCUGGGCUGCGGGGGUUUCUGUGGUGGUCACUCUGGAAGCUGGGCGGGGGCCUCCCCGGGUGAGGACGGCCCCCCAGACCAGUACGGGGCUCCUCUCUCUGGUCCCGGUGCGCUCGAGUCGCCCUGUAUCUCCACGUGGGUGUGGAGGGCGCGUCGUGGAGAGGACGGACGGCUGUGCUCUGUGCUCUCACCGCCUAGGCUCCCGGCACCCAGCAGGGGUGUUGCACUGGGCUGCAGGGGAAGACCCCGCGAAGGGGAGUGUUGGUCAGGGGUGAAGGAGCCGCCGAGCACUCUUGCCUUGCUGUCCUGACUUUGGCGCCUGCUGGGGUCCAGCCCUGUGUGUGGGCUUCUCUGGGCUCAGGGCUGGGGCUCCCUGCUCGUGAGGGAUGUUGCAGUCAUCGUGGUGACCUGUCAGCUGGGUCCAGGAAGGUGCUCGGCGAGCUGUGGGAAUCACAGGGCGGCCCAGAGGCUCUUGUCCCUCUCAGAGGCCCCUCCUCACUCCUUGUCCUCUCCUCUGGUCCGGGAGGGACCUGGUAGGGAAGGUUGUUGGACACGAUCGUGAGUCCCGGGGACGAGUGAUCUGGGACUCCGCAGAGAGGUGUUAGCUGGGAGUUUCGUUUUGAUUUAGCUUGGGUUGGUCCGUUAGCUGUGCCCCCGGCGCGUCUGGUGGUUUUCUCGUCCCGUGUCUUCUGCACGGAGCUAACUUGGCCUUUUCCUCUGUUUUAGGGAGUCAGUACCAAAUGAGGAGGAAAGGACGAUGUCAUCGCGGCGCUGCAGCGAGACACCCUUCCUCCCCGUGCAGUACUAAGCACUCCCCCACGCGAGAGACCCUGACCUACGCGCAGGCCCAGAGGAUGGUUGAGAUAGAGAUCGAGGGGCGCCUCCAUCGGAUCAGUAUUUUUGAUCCCUUGGAGAUCAUACUGGAAGAUGACCUCACGGCUCAAGAGAUGAGCGAAUGCAACAGCAAUAAAGAAAAUAGCGAGAGGCCACCGGUGUGCUUAAGAACUAAGCGCCACAAAAACAACCGAGUCAAAAAGAAAAACGAGGCCCUCCCCAGUGCCCACGGCACGCUGGCUUCGGCCAGCGCGCUUCCUGAGCCCAAGGUGCGGAUCGUGGAGUACAGCCCGCCGUCCGCCCCCAGGAGGCCCCCGGUGUACUACAAGUUCAUCGAGAAGUCGGCCGAGGAGCUGGACAACGAGGUGGAGUACGACAUGGACGAGGAGGAUUACGCCUGGCUGGAGAUCGUCAACGAGAAGCGCAAGGGCGACUGCGUGUCGGCCGUGUCGCAGAGCGUGUUCGAGUUCUUGAUGGACCGCUUCGAGAAGGAGUCCUACUGCGAGAACCAGAAGCAGGGGGAGCAGCAGUCCCUGAUCGACGAAGACGCCGUGUGCUGCAUCUGCAUGGACGGCGAGUGCCAGAACAGCAACGUGAUCCUCUUCUGCGACAUGUGCAACCUGGCCGUGCACCAGGAGUGCUACGGGGUGCCCUACAUCCCCGAGGGCCAGUGGCUCUGCCGACACUGCCUGCAGUCCCGGGCCCGGCCCGCCGACUGCGUGCUCUGCCCGAACAAGGGAGGUGCCUUCAAAAAGACGGACGACGACCGCUGGGGCCACGUGGUGUGCGCCCUGUGGAUCCCGGAGGUCGGCUUCGCCAACACGGUGUUCAUCGAGCCCAUCGACGGCGUGAGGAACAUCCCCCCGGCCCGGUGGAAACUGACGUGCUACCUCUGCAAGCAGAAGGGCGUGGGCGCCUGCAUCCAGUGCCACAAGGCAAACUGCUACACGGCGUUCCACGUGACGUGCGCCCAGAGGGCCGGCCUCUACAUGAAGAUGGAGCCCGUGAAGGAACUCGCGGGCGGCGCCGCGACCUUCUCUGUCAGGAAGACCGCUUACUGUGACGCCCACACGCCCCCGGGCUGUACGCGGCGGCCUCUGAACAUUUACGGGGAGGUGGAAAUGAAAAACGGUGUCUGUCGAAAAGAGAGCUCCGUCAAGACGGUCAGGUCCACGUCCAAGGUCAGGAAGAAAGCAAAAAAGGCGAAGAAGACGCUGAGUGAGCCCUGUGCGGUCCUGCCGCCCGUGUGCGCCCCGUAUAUCCCCCCUCAGAGAUUAAAUAGGAUUGCGAAUCAGGUGGCCAUUCAGCGGAAGAAGCAGUUUGUGGAGAGAGCCCACAGCUACUGGCUGCUCAAAAGGCUGUCGAGGAACGGCGCCCCCCUGCUGCGGCGACUCCAGUCCAGCCUGCAGUCCCAGAGGAGCACGCAGCAGAGAGAAAAUGACGAGGAGAUUCAAGCUGCCAAAGAGAAGCUGAAGUACUGGCAGCGGCUGCGGCACGACCUGGAGCGCGCGCGGCUGCUGAUCGAGCUCCUGCGCAAGCGGGAGAAGCUCAAGCGGGAGCAGGUGAAGGUGGAGCAGAUGGCCCUGGAGCUGCGGCUGACGCCGCUCACGGUGCUGCUGCGCUCCGUGCUGGACCAGCUGCAGGAGAAGGACCCGGCUCGGAUAUUCGCCCAGCCGGUGAGCCUGAAGGAGGUACCAGAUUAUUUGGAUCACAUUAAACAUCCCAUGGACUUUGCCACAAUGAGGAAACGGUUAGAAGCUCAAGGGUAUAGACACCUCACUGAGUUUGAGGAGGAUUUUAAUCUCAUUGUAGAUAACUGCAUGAAGUACAAUGCCAAGGACACGGUGUUUUAUAGAGCCGCCGUGAGGCUGCGCGAUCAGGGCGGUGUUGUUCUGAGGCAGGCCAGGCGCCAGGCCGACAGCAUCGGCUUCGAGGAGGCCUCGGGGAUGCACCUGCCUGAGCGGCCUGCUGCGGCCCCUCGGCGGCCUUUCUCCUGGGAAGACGUGGACAGGUUGCUGAACCCAGCCAACAGGGCCCACAUGGUCCUAGAGGAGCAGCUAAGGGAGCUGCUGGACAAGCUGGACCUCACGUGCGCCAUGAAGUCCAGCGGGUCUCGGAGCAAGCGGGCCAAGCUCCUGAAAAAGGAGAUCGCGGUCCUUCGGAACAAGCUGAGCCAGCAGCACAGCCAGCCCCCGCCCGCGGAAUCAGGAGAUAAAUCUCCCCCUAAACUUGAACCAUCAGAUGCAUUACCUCUUCCUUCAAACUCGGAGACUAAUUCAGAACCACCAACCCUCAAACCAGUAGAACUGAACCCAGAGCAGAGUAAACUAUUCAAAAGAGUCACAUUUGAUAAUGAAUCACAUAGCACUUGCACUCAGAGCGCACUGGUAAUCGGACACCCUCCAGAGCCCACCCUCGCCAGUAGUGGCGAUGCGCCGGCGGCGGCGGCCUCCGCGGUGGCGGAGCCAUCAAGCGAUGUAAACAGACGCACUUCUGUUCUCUUCUGCAAAUCGAAAAGUGUAAGCCCCCCAAAGUCUGCCAAGAACACUGAAACCCAGCCAACUUCUCCUCAGCUAGGGACCAAAACCUUUUUGUCUGUAGUCCUUCCGAGGUUGGAGACUCUUCUGCAGCCAAGAAAAAGGUCGCGGAGCACCUGCGGCGACUCCGAGGUGGAGGAGGGGUCCCCGGGAAAGCGCCUGGACACAGGUCUCACCAAUGGCUUUGGGGGCGCACGGAGUGAGCAGGAGCUGGGGGGCGCCCCGGGGAGGAGAGCUGCGCCCCGACGACGCUGCGCCUCGGAGUCCAGCAUCUCGUCCCGCAGCAGCCCUCUCUGUGACGCCAGCUUUAGUGCACCCAAGUGCGGCCGGGGCAAGCCCGCUCUGGUGCGCAGACACACGCUGGAGGACCGCAGCGAGCUGAUCUCCUGCAUCGAGAACGGGAACUACGCCAAGGCGGCCAGGAUCGCCGCAGAGGUCGGUCAGAAGAGCAUGUGGAUUUCCUCCGACGCCGCGGCCUCUGUUCUCGAGCCUCUGAAAGUCGUGUGGGCCAAGUGCAGCGGCUACCCCUCAUAUCCGGCCCUGAUCAUCGACCCCAAGAUGCCGCGCGUGCCUGGCCACCACAAUGGGGUCACCAUCCCGGCCCCACCGCUGGACGUGCUGAAGGUCGGCGAGCACAUGCAGACCAAGGCUGACGAGAGGCUGUUCCUCGUUCUCUUUUUUGACAACAAGAGAAGCUGGCAAUGGCUCCCCAAGUCCAAAAUGGUCCCCCUCGGCAUGGACGAGACCAUAGACAAACUGAAAAUGAUGGAGGGGAGAAACUCCAGCAUCAGGAAGGCUGUGAGGGUCGCCUUCGACCGCGCGAUGAGCCAUCUGAGCCGUGUGCACGGGGAGCCCACCAGCGACCUCAGCGACAUCGACUGACCUGCCCGCCUUCCCGUGGCCUUGUCCAUAGUGUGGAUAAGCUGUAUAUGCGUGUAUAUUGUUCCAGACUUAACUUAUUCUGAUCUCUAGGCCUGGUUCUUCAAUUCUCCCUCCCCGGGGAGGGCAGGUUUUAUUUCCAAGUUCUCUGUGAAACCGUCCCCGUCUGGGCGCUCUGUGAAUGGCGCGGGCGCGUCUGCUGAGCUCCUCCCGUGCCCGGCACGGGUCACGCCGGAGGCUGCACCUGCGUCACUUUCUUUGAUCUGUAGCUUUUUUUUAAAGACUUUUGAAUGUUUAAUAAUUUUGUAAAUCAUACUCUUUACACAGAGUACCACUAUUUAAUAAGAUGGGAUGUAAAUUUACAAUGACAAAUGUGUAUUUUAAGAAAGAAAAUGACAUUAUUUUGAAUGGUACUUUGUGGAAAGAGGUGGAGAAUAGAUUUAUGCUGUGUACAUCACUUGCAAAUCACCAAAAACACUCCGCCCCCCCCGUGGGGGCUGGGGCAGGCGCUUACCCCCCCCCCGCCCCUCCCCCGUGUCGCCGUCCUCACCCUCCUCGUCCGCCUCCUCCGCCCAUCUGCCCCGGCUUUCCACGGGUGUGCCUCCAGCGGGUUAUUUAUUGUAGAAAGUGUAUUCAUUUGCUUUAUAAUGAAAAAUAAAUUUGCAAAAGUAUAUUGAUAUGCAUUUUUAUACAGGCACAUACAGAUUCGACUUGCUUUGGGAGCAGGAUGUGUUGGUUGUUGUGUAAAUGACUCUGGCUGUGUGUUCUUUGAUUUUGUAACUUGUAAUCUUUUGUUUACAAUGAGGGGCUUUCUGUAACUUGUUUUAAUUUAGAACACUUUGGUAGCAAUAGAAACUUUGGAUACAUUUUUGUAUGGUACAUGUGAUGUAUAUAGAAUUAGUACUUUAUUUUUAUUUUUAAGAGGUAAAGCAUUAUGUUAGGGGAAAAGGUAGGGUGGGUUUCCAAAACUGCGGUUUUUAUAUUAAAAAAUAAAGUCAAGAUUUGGA